CAGCGCCAUGUCCUCUCGAUCUAUAACCAUAGUGUCCUCUGGACGGAGCACGGAGCUCGGCUUCAGUGGGGUGAGAAUACACUCGGCUCAGCUCCCCUCACAUCCCAAACUCCCACUGGCGGAGGAGGACAGGGAGUCUGGCAUCGGCUCCACCCUUGACCUCACUGGCAGCUUUGAGGGCUGUAACCAACAUACCAAUCACCACUCCGACAAACCCUCACUGAUGGAGGCAGGCACAUUCCCCGGGGAGAAAGACAGAUCUCCUCAGACCUCAGCAGUGAGUCCAAACAAGAUCAAGAAAGUCCUCAUCAAUCUAUCCAAGAUCCCUCUCCUCUUCCUCCUCCUCUUCCUCUUUGUUUGCUCCUUGGACACUCUGAGCUCUGCCUUCCAGUUAGCAGGGGGUAAAGUGGCAGGGGACAUUUUCCAGGACAAUGCAGUGCUGUCUAACCCCGUGGCAGGGCUCGUGGUGGGGAUCUUGGUUACUGUGCUGGUUCAGAGCUCAUCAACCUCCACCUCCAUUGUAGUCAGUCUGGUGGCCUCCGGACUGUUAGAAGUCAGGUCGGCUGUUCCAGUCAUCAUGGGGACCAAUAUUGGGACUUCGGUUACAAACACCAUAGUGGCCAUGAUGCAAGCGGCAGAACGAACCGAGUUUCAACGUGCUUUUGCCGGAGCAACAAUCCAUGACUGCUUCAACUGGCUGUCAGUCCUGGUUCUGUUGCCCCUGGAGGUGGCGAGCGGGUUCAUGACUCGGCUGUCUCACCUGCUGGUCACCACUCUGAGGCUCGAGCCAGGGGAGGAAGCACCCGAGCUACUCAAGGUCAUCACGGAGCCAGUCACCAAGCUUAUCAUACAGCUGGACAAGUGUGUGAUCACAGGGAUCGCCAUGGGGAAGGAGGGCAUGAGGAACAGGAGCUUGGUGAAAGAAUGGUGCCAGACCAACCUUGUUAUGUCUCAUCACAACGUGAGCACUGAAAGCUGUGACCCCAGCCAUGACUUGCAAACACACGUGAAGUGUAGACAUUUGUUUGCAUCUGCUGAGAUGUCAGACCUCACAGUGGGCCUCAUCCUACUCGCCACCUCGCUGGCUGUCCUGUGCACAUGUUUGCUGCUUCUAGUCAAACUGCUCAACUCUCUUCUUAUAGGCCAAGUAGCAAAGGCCAUCCAUAAAGUCAUCAACACAGACCUUCCCUAUCCAUUUGGAUGGCUGGCAGGAUACAUCGCCAUGUUUGUGGGUGCAGGUGUGACAUUUGUGGUGCAGAGUAGCUCUGUCUUUACUUCAGCCAUGACUCCUCUUAUAGGUGUUGGUGUAAUCAGUUUGGAGCGGGCCUAUCCUCUCACUCUUGGGUCCAACAUUGGCACAACUGCCACAGCCCUGCUGGCAGCUUUGGCCAGUCCUGGGAACAAACUUGCAGCUGCCAUACAGAUUGCUCUGUGUCACCUUUUCUUCAAUGUUUUUGGCAUUCUGGUGUGGUAUCCUUUCCCAUUCAUGCGUCUACCGAUAAGGAUGGCUCGUGUUCUCGGUGAGCGCACUGCCAAGUACCGCUGGUUUGCAAUCUUGUACCUACUCCUCUGCUUCCUGUUGCUUCCAUCACUGGUGCUGGGCCUCUCACUGGCUGGUUGGCAGGUGAUGGCUGGAGUUGGCGCUCCUUUCUUGGGUGUAACCAUCUUCAUUACCAUGGUGAAUGUAAUGCAGUCCCGCAGCCCCCAUCACCUGCCAAACAAGCUCAAGAACUGGGACUUCCUGCCCAAAUGGAUGCACUCUCUUAAACCACUGGACCACCUAAUUGCCAAAACAGUUCUCUGCUGCAGCUUCUCUUGUGAAGACGGACAAGAGGAAGAGGAAGAAGAAGCACCAAUAUCUCCAAGUACAACCUCUUGCAACAAACACACAGAGUUUGCUCAGCUUGCUUACAACAACCCAGUCAUGGAUUACCUGGAUGAGAGAAGACCAGAUGUACCAGUUCUUAAAUUAAAAGGUUUAGAGAGGUGCAACAGUACUCCUCUGUAA